GUAGAACCACAGGCAUUAUGCUGUGUGCUCUAAUUCUCUGGUCUGGUCUCCUGGGGGCCGCCAAGGCCAGCCCCAUCUCGGUUCCCCAAGAGUGUGCCAAGGGUUCGGUGGUAUGGUGUCAGGACCUGCAGGCAGCUGUGAGGUGUCGAGCCGUGAGGCACUGCCAGAGUGCUGUCUGGAGCAAGCCCACAGUCAGGUCCCUGCCCUGCAGUGUGUGCCAGGAUGUGGCUGCUGCUGCUGGUAAUGGAGCGAACCCAGAUGCUACAGAGUCGGACAUUUUGGUAUCAGUAAUGAAGACCUGUGAGUGGCUUCCAAACCAGGAGUCUUCAGCUAAGUGCAAGUGGAUGGUGUACAACCACAGUGCGGCUGUCCUGGGCAUGCUCAGUGGAGCUCCGGGCAGUGCCUCAGCUUCGGUAUGCACUGCGCUCACCCUCUGUGAAUCGCUACAGAGGCACCUAGCUGUGACCACCUCGGAAAGACCACUGACCCAGGAGGAUGCAAAUGAGUUGAUGGCCCCAUUCUUGACCAAUGGGGCCCUGAGCUUCCACCCAUCACAGAUGCCUGGAGCUGCCGUGUGUCAUGAUUGUGUCCAGCUGAUCUCCCGGCUCCAGGGUGCUCUAAAGUCUAACUUGACCUUGGCAGAGGUAACUGUCCAGAGCCAGUGUCAGUCCAUGGGGCCUGGCCUGGCUGCCCUCUGCGAGAACUACAUCCACCGGCAAUUUGUCCCUGCUAAGCAAACACUGCAGAUUCUCCCCCCUCAGGAGGUCUGCAAGAAAGGGGGCUUCUGUGAGGAGCAGAAAGAGUCUCCCCACUGGCUGGCUCAAGUGGCCGCUGUAGAUGGAGUCCCCUCUCUGGAGAUGGAGCUGCCGAGGAAGAAUGAGUUGCAGAUGCAGUUGGGCCUGACAUGCGAUGUGUGCUUGAACGUGAUCCAGGAGCUGGACAAUUGGCUUGAGACCAACAGCACGGAAGCCCUCAUCAGCCACACCCUGGAGCGAGUGUGUUCCAUAAUGCCUGAGUCUCUAAUCCAACAGUGCAUCACCCUGGUGGACAACUACAGCCCCAGCUUGGUGCAGCUCGUGUCCAAAGUUGCCCCAGAGAAAGUGUGUGAGACCAUCAGACUGUGUGGCAGCAAAAGGCAGGCCAGGUCUAUCUCCAGGGCGGUGACAACCACACCAUCCCCGCUCAUGGAUGAGGAAAACCACGGUAGCUUCUGCCAAGGUUGCCAAAGGCUGCUGAGCAUGUCUUCCCAGAAUCUAGACCGCAAGAGCACCAAGCGGGACAUUCUGAAUGCCUUCAAAGGUGGCUGCCGGAUUCUGCCUUUGCCUUACCUGCUGCAGUGCAACCGUUUUGUGGCCGAGUAUGAACCUGUGCUCAUAGAGAGUCUCCGGUUCAUGAUGAACCCCACGGACCUAUGCAAGAAGAUGGGGGCCUGCCACGGCUCCAAGGUGACACUUCUAGGCACAGAUCAGUGCGUCAUGGGCCCCAGCUUCUGGUGCAAGAGCCCAGAGGCCGCCGAGAUGUGUGAUGCCCUGGAGCACUGCCAGCGCCUUGUGUGGAAAAAGCCUGUCUCCAAAACCAAUGAGCAGCCAUGACUGUGGCCACCAGAACCCAAAGCCUGUCAGGGGCCAAUCCUACCUGCAGGCUUCUGCCUCCCAAGCGGACCUUAUGAAGUGGGUGUUAUCCCCAUGUCGUAGGUAAAAAGCUGAGGCUCUGAGCCUCAGGGAGUUGGGGCAGAGUGGAGCUGAUAUUCAAAGCCAUGAUGUCCUGAUGCUGGGCAGUGUCAUUUUUUCUGUCUCUGCCCUCACCACCGUCUCUAACAAACAGAAGGUCCCUCCUUAUCCCUGCCCCAGUAAGCCACCCUCUCCUGCUGUGCUGUGAUGCUGAUGGCCUCCCAUGCAGGGUGAGAGCCCAGCUGUGUGUCAAAGCAGCUGCAGGAGGGUCAGAUAGGUAAGGGUAGGUCAGUAGAGGGGACCAUUACUAGUUGGGCUAGUGGCUCUUACCAAUAGUUUGGGGUAGAGGUUGGGUAUUCUCAGGCUAGGGUCUCUCAGGUUGGCUCUCGGUGGUGCAGUUGGGGCAUGAGUGGCUCUGGACUUCUGAGGGAGGGUCCUGGGUCAUUGGCUACCACCCACAAGGGACAUUUGGACUUUAUAUGACUCUUUUCCAUGUCUUGUCUCACCAAGAGGAAUUGGUCCACCCACCCAGACUUCAGCCCUCCUGGUGCUAAGCAAUCUGGGGUGUACUUAAAAUCAGGAGAAAAAAAAACCCUGCUGGGUGAGCAGUGGGGAAAGCCCUGAGGGGUGUGGAAUGGCUGUAGCACGGGAAGUAGCAAGAGGUCCACCCUAGUCAGCAGUCUGCUGAGCCUCGGUUUUCUAAUCUGUAGACUGGGAGGAUCAUGUCUGCCUCAUAGGGAUGUUAAGACAGUUUUAGGAGACGUCCUCAAGCUCUUUCACUUAGAGACUGGUACCCAAUGACCUACCAGGAUCAGCAAAAUCUAUCUUGGGAAUCAAUAGGAUCUCUGGGGAGUCUGACCAAAGAAGUUUAUAUAAACCAGAAGC